AGCGCGCCGCCGCCACCGCCUAGCGAGCACCGGCUCCCGCCGCCACCGCUGCCUGGCGAUGCCCGGAGUCCCCGCCGUCCGCGCCUGGCCGCUUCUGCUCUCGCUGGCCGUUCAGCUCGGCUCAGCCGCUGGCGCUCCCCAGCCCUGGCGCUGCGCGCCCUGCUCCGCCGAGAGGCUGGCGCUCUGCCCUCCCGUGCCCGCCUCGUGCCCGGAGCUCACCCGGCCCGCCGGCUGCGGCUGUUGCCCCACGUGCGCCCUGCCGCUGGACGCCGCAUGCGGCGUGGCCACUGCGCGCUGCGCCCGUGGGCUCAGCUGCCGCGCCCUGCCCGGGGAGUCUCGGCCCCUGUACGCCCUCACCCGCGGCCAGGGCGCCUGCAUGCCCGCGCCCAGCGCCGAGGCCACAGAGGCAAAGGACCCUGCCACCCCAGAGAACGUGUCCCCUGAGAGCUCAGAGAUGACCCAGGAGCAGCUUCUGGACAAUUUCCACCUGAUGGCUGAGUCCAGUGAGGACCUGCCCAUCCUCUGGAACGCCAUCAGUAAUUAUGAGAGCAUGAGGGCUCUGGAGACCACCGACAUCAAAAAGCGGAAGGAGCCCUGCCAGCAAGAACUCUACAGAGUGCUGGACAGAUUAGCCAGGGAACAGCAGAAAGCAGGAGACAAGCUUUACAAAUUUUAUCUGCCAAACUGCAACAAGAAUGGAUUCUAUCACAGCAAACAGUGCGAGACAUCCCUGGAAGGAGAGCCUGGGCUCUGCUGGUGUGUCUACCCUUGGAGCGGGAAGAAGAUCCUGGGGUCCGUGUCAGUCAGAGGGGACCCCAAAUGCCAUCAGUAUUUUAACUUAGAGAACUGAAAACAGAUGCGUUAUGAUCUAUUCCUUCACAUGAAAUAUUUAAGUACAUAUGAUAUUUAUACUCUGGAAUACACACACACUUUUAUAAAUGUAUAGAUGUAUAUGUAUAUAUAUAGGAAUUACUUUUUAUACGCCACAUAUUACUUGAUAUAUAAAGCUGUAGUUUAUUUAUUCACCAUAAAUUUAUUUUUUUCUACACAGUAAAUUGUGUUAUAUUAAUUUAUAUAUCAUGAAACACUUCCCAUCAUGUUGUAUGUAAAUACUUGUAUUUUAGCUCUUAAGCGGUUCAUGCUUCUGUCUUAAAGAUCAUAGGAAAAUACUGCCUAGAAAAUGCAAAAUCAAAUGUAUAGCAGUGAUUUUUUUUUUAAGUGGUUUGAUGGAGGAUGGUUAAGCUGUGGUUAAGAAUGAUUUAGUCUAGGGCUUCCCUGGUGGCGCAGUGGUUGCGCGUCCGCCUGCCGAUGCAGGGGACGCGGGUUCGUGCCCCGGUCCGGGAGGAUCCCACGUGCCGCGGAGCGGCUGGGCCCGUGGGCCGUGGCCGCUGAGGCUGUGCGUCCGGAGCCUGUGCUCCGCAACGGGAGAGGCCACGGCAGAGGGAGGCCCGCAUACCAGAAAAAAAAAAAAGAAUGAUUUAGUCUGUUUAUUCCAUGGAUCCAUCUUUAGCGUAAAUUUGCAGGGAAACUUAAAUGUUGAUUAUGUAGUCAAAGCUACAUGUGAUGAUGUUGCUACGUGGUAAACUAUGUAUUGGAGAUAUUGUCAAACACAUGAGCACAGUGUAAACACAUUGGAAUAAAUAUCCCAC